GAGGGUCGAGGGGCAGUUUCGGAAAAACAAUGGAGGUGGGCUGGUAUAAAUAACCCGCAAACCCUACGCUGCCCUCCCUGCGCACAUUCCCUUCCCUCCUGUGUCUGCAUUUCUCUCUAGCGGCCGGUGCUUUAAGGAUCGCCUUUUCGAGUUCAAGCUCCAAAUUUCAGAAUGGGUAAGGAGAAGGUUCACAUCAACAUUGUGGUCAUCGGCCACGUCGACUCUGGUAAGUCGACCACCACCGGCCACUUGAUCUACAAGCUUGGAGGUAUCGACAAGCGUGUGAUUGAGAGGUUUGAGAAGGAAGCUGCUGAGAUGAACAAGAGGUCCUUCAAGUACGCCUGGGUGCUCGACAAGCUGAAGGCGGAGCGUGAACGUGGUAUCACCAUCGAUAUUGCUCUGUGGAAGUUCGAGACCACCAAGUACUACUGCACCGUCAUCGAUGCCCCUGGACACCGUGACUUUAUCAAGAACAUGAUUACGGGAACAUCGCAGGCUGACUGUGCUGUCCUUAUCAUUGACUCCACCACUGGUGGUUUUGAGGCUGGUAUCUCCAAGGAUGGUCAGACCCGUGAGCACGCUCUGCUGGCCUUCACCCUCGGUGUGAAGCAGAUGAUCUGCUGCUGCAACAAGAUGGAUGCCACCACUCCCAAGUACUCAAAGGCCAGAUACGAUGAAAUUGUUAAGGAAGUGUCUUCCUACCUGAAGAAGGUUGGCUACAACCCUGACAAGAUCCCGUUUGUCCCCAUCUCCGGGUUUGAGGGUGACAACAUGAUUGAGAGGUCCACUAACCUCGACUGGUACAAGGGCCCCACUCUCCUUGAGGCCCUGGACCAGAUCAAUGAGCCCAAGAGGCCUUCGGACAAGCCCCUCCGUCUCCCACUUCAGGAUGUGUACAAGAUUGGCGGUAUUGGAACUGUCCCCGUGGGUCGUGUGGAAACCGGUGUCCUCAAGCCCGGUAUGGUGGUGACCUUUGGUCCCUCUGGUUUGACCACUGAAGUUAAGUCGGUUGAGAUGCACCACGAGGCUCUCCAGGAAGCUCUUCCUGGUGACAAUGUGGGCUUCAAUGUGAAGAACGUUGCAGUCAAGGAUCUGAAGCGUGGUUUUGUUGCCUCGAACUCCAAGGACGAUCCCGCUAAGGAGGCUGCUAACUUCACUUCCCAGGUCAUCAUCAUGAACCACCCGGGACAGAUCGGCAACGGGUAUGCCCCGGUGCUCGACUGCCACACCUCCCACAUUGCUGUGAAGUUUGCCGAGCUGUUGACCAAGAUCGACAGGCGGUCUGGUAAGGAGCUCGAGAAGGAGCCCAAGUUCUUGAAGAACGGUGAUGCUGGUAUGAUUAAGAUGAUUCCCACCAAGCCCAUGGUGGUUGAGACUUUCUCCGCGUACCCUCCCUUGGGGCGUUUCGCCGUCAGGGACAUGAGGCAGACCGUGGCAGUCGGUGUCAUUAAGAGUGUGGAGAAGAAGGACCCGUCUGGUGCCAAGGUCACCAAGUCUGCGGCCAAGAAGGGUGGGAAGUGAAACGUGCUGUUCAACUCGAUUCCCCAAUCCAUUUCUAGGUCAUCAAUAGUCCAUCAUGGUCAUAGUAAGAAUAAACUCAUGGUUACUUCCAUUCAUAGUGGUUUACCCAAUGAGUGUCUAGGAGUCAUCUGCUGUCGUUUUGGAGGUCUUGCAUUGGAGUCUGCGCCCUCGAGUGGCUGGUCUCAGAACUGGGUUCUCGAUCGGCGGUGGCAUCGAAAACUAUUUUGUCUUGGUGUCUUUAGAGUUUGAACUCGGUGGUUUGUUUCCUCCACGGCGCAGGAGUUUUAGGUGUGGUUCCUGCGCUGUUACUAUAUUUUGGUAAAAUCAAAACCCUUUAAAUUUAUUAUACUAUAUGCUCCAUUUGAUCCC